UUAAAAUAUAAAUGCAAUGGUGUUCUUACAUGCACUCAGAAGAGGAACGCUUAUUGAAGAAACAUAAAUUUCACAGCUUGACAUAUUGUUAUAUGCAUAGUGGAUAAGAUAAUAAUAGUAGUUUAUAAUAUAAUAGUUUUAGUUUUUUUUUUAUAUUUUUUUUUGUAACAAUCUGUCAAUAUUACAGUUCAAUCACUGACCCAUAGGGCUCUUCGAUUGACACCCGAUCUGUACUCAUCACAUGCUCAUGUGUGCUAUCAAGUUUGAAAGGGGUCUUCGAUUGACGCCCGAUCUGUAGUCUACUCGUCACAUCACAUGCUCUUGUGUGCUAUCAGGUGUGAAAGGGGUCUUUGUUUGACACCCGAGUACUCGUCAAAUCACAUGCUCAUGUGUGCUAUCAGGUGUGUAAUGAGUGAGCUGCUGUGUUUUGCUCUUACCAAUACCAUUCCUGUGCUCAUCACGUCACGCACAAGUGCAAAAUAUUCGCGCGUUUCAUCCUACUCAGGGGCCAGCUCUGUGCCAUCAUUAGAAAUUAGAGUAUGGAAAAAAUUAUUAUUCCUGAUUAUCACGAUGGGGAAUUUAUGUGCCCUAAAAUGGGGGCAAAGCUGGCCUCUCUCUUUGGUCUGGACCGAGCAGAGAGUCAGGGAAAUGAGUCCUUUCAAUUCACUGCCCCUAAACAGCCAAAAAAGACCUGCGCCAAAUUAGGUGCUCCUCAGAAGCCCGCUCAUCCUCCAUGUGCUCCAGCUGUGCAGUUUGCUACAGCUGUUCACGCAUUCUGCUUUGUGAAUGGACAGUAUGUGAAGCAAGGAAAGUUAGGAGCUGCUGUUUUAGGGAACCAUGUCACCAAAGAGUACAAGAUUCUCUUGUAUGGCAGUAAGCAAAAACAGAUCACUACGGCUAGAAUCUAUCGUGGAUUUGUCCUCACAGUUCAGCCCUGUAACUAUGUCACUUUCUAUGAUGACCAACAACAGAGCUGGUCUUUAAUGUUUGACUCAGAAAAGUCCAGGCCUGAGUUCUGUAAGGAGGUGUGUGUGGCCAGGUGGAACAGUGACGCUUCAUCAGACACUCUGAUCAGCCAGGACCUUGCCCAAGGUGAAGGUCAAGCUGUUGAUGUUGGGGACUCAGUUGAGGUGGCCUAUUCUGGAUGGCUUUUACAGAACCAUUCUCUAGGACAGAUAUUUGUUUCUAAUCUGGGAAAAGAAAAGCUGCAGCGAGUAAAGCUUGGAGCAAGCAAAGCUCUGAGGGGAUGGGAGGAUGGGAUGCUUGGGAUGCAGAAAGGAGGUCGACGGCUCCUUAUCGUCCCUCCUAAUAUGGUUUCAAAGGGCGUCCCUAACCAUGUGCCAGAAAACAGCACUCUGGUCUAUGAUGUAGAGAUUCAUAGAGUUAAAAUCUCCAAAGUGCGACAUAGAGGGGGAUCAGUUGACACCUUCAGUACAUCUCCAGGAACCUGUACAGACACACUGAGUGAAGAAAACACCAGGCAAAUGGUCACAGAUACAGAGGAGUCAGAAGAACAAGCUCCUAAGGGGAAGGUGCAAUCUGUUAUUGAAUACCUGACAACAACAGGUACAUCUAAGGCCAAGCUGAUCUCACGUAUAGCCAAGAUGGGUCAACCCAUGCUUCCAUUUCUCACUGGAGCCAUUCCAACUCAGCCCGACCCCAGUGACUCAGAAACCGAGGAUACAAGUGAGUCUGGACGUAUCUGUGAUCUCUCUCCUUCACCCUCCUCAAAACCUGCACAAAUGCCCUGCAGUCCUUCAUCUUUGUUAUGUCAGCCCGAUGAUGUUCAGAAACAGGACGCAGUGCCACCUCACGCAGACUUGAACACUACUCAAGACUUUCAGGAUCAACAGCCGAAUUCCUUUGGCCAAAAUCCAUAUUUUUCAUCACAGCUAAAUUCAUUUCCUUCAAUCUACCCAUCCCACAGUCCAUACAAAAAUCCUGAUAUUACAUCAUACUUGAUGUCUGAGGCUCGUCAGCAUAACACAGAAAUCCUCCUGGCUAUAGAAAAGGUGGCGCACAGGAUGGACCAACUCACCUGCAAGGUGGACGAGUUGCAAAAAGAUGGUCACUCUUUUGGAGUCUCCUUAGAAACAAACAUGAUCCUACACAACAUUCAGAGAAUCUUUCAGUGUAAGGAGAGCAUGUGUCUGAAGAAGGAGGUUCUGGAGAAAAGUUCUCAGGAGGAGGAACAGAACCCCAAAAUAGGGGUGCUGAGUGGAGAGAAUAAAAGGUCUAUGGAGCAGCAACACACCCAGACGUGCCGCCUUCAGGCUGAACAGGAAGAGGUUCAUUUAUGUGGGGAAUUGAGUUCCUCCACCACCACACAAGCAUAUCAGCUGCAGCAGGAGAUGGUGAAUCUCCAGCGGAGGGUGACAGAAAUCCAGGCUGAUCUCAGCGCAGCCCUGGAGGACAAGCACAAGCACUGUGCUCAGAUCAGCCUUCUGGAGGAACAAGUGAAAGAGCUCGUGGGGCAAGAAGAACAGUCUGAGCAGCGGUGGAGAGCAGAAAAGCAGAAGUGCAAAGAGAUGGAAAAAAUUAUACAAAACAUGGAUGAUGAGAUGCAAGAUCUGAGGGCUGAAAAGGAGAAUCUCCAUCAGUAUGUGGAUUUAAGGAAGACAUCACAAAAUAGGAAAAAGCCGUUUGAGACCAAGUUGGUGGUUCAGGUGAAGCGAGUGAUGAAUGGACUGUUUCAGUCCCUCAAGACAGGGUUUGAUCCGCAGAAGUCUUACAGUGGACACACAGUGUGCGAGAUUCUCCAAAACACCAUCAAGAGUAUCACCAUAAAACUUUGGGAGAUUGAAUCAGGCGUAGAUAAAGUGGAAGAAGAGUACGGUACCUACUAAGAUCUACUGAAGAAAUGCUUUCAGAUGGAAAACAUGCAGAAGGAAGAACAUGAAAUGAAGGAAAAAACAUUAAAACAUUAAAAACAUUAAUGUUUGGUAUUUUAAGGCCAACAUUAAAAAUGGUAUUUGGUAUUUUUGUUGAUCAGGAAACCUGCAGAUACUGUACAUGUGAAAAAGCACCAUUGAAACAAAAGCUUUACUGACCCUAAAAGGAGAAUUUAUAUUGACCAGUCACAGUUGAAGAGGCUAAAUAAUGUCCAAUAAAUGAUUCUAUAAAAAAUAUAUAUUUUAUAUUUAAAAU